GGCUGCGUCUGUGCUCACUGACUGCGCUGCAUCUUGGUUUUGGGGCCGCUUUGUCAUUUCAGCCUUCCAACAACACAGCACAUAACUCAAACGUCUGUAACAGCCACGCUUGCACUCUCCUUCACUGUCCAUGGCUGCUCCAACCACCACUUGAGGCGGUUGGCCACAAACUGGAGUGAAGUUUGGGCACGUAGUUGUUUGCAUCCUAUUUCAAGCGCCUUAGUGAACCUCUUCGAAUGCUGACAUCGCCAAAUCAUCCGUUGGUGCCGGCGUUGCCCACUCUCCCGCUUCAACUCUCGACCACCUUCAACGACACCUUUGACCCCGCGCUCAACUGACGGAUUAACGGAUCAGAUUCGAUCUAAUCUGCUUUAUUUAUGACACGGUCAUGAUACCAGACUAGCCUUGCCUUUGAAGCACCUACGAACAUCAUCGACAAAUAUGGGAAAUACGCCUUCUGUCCCGCACGGGCAGCCUGAUGACGGACAGUUGGAAGAGCUAGGACAUACACGAACCGCCACACAGCGAUGGCGUGAUGACUUUGGAGGCGAUGGGAGAAGUUCGCGCAUAGGAAGACGGAAUCCUCAGUCUUUGAGGAUGGCCGGACAGAGAGCCAGCUCACUUUAUGACACAUUCCGAAAUCACAGAUCUGCAGACUCAGUCAAUGCUCGACCAAGCGCAGGCCGUCCGGUAUCCGGUGAAGUUGGCUACGAGCAGGAGAAUAGGCCACUAGUUGGUGGAGGGGAUGUCGAGAUGAUGGACACAAUACGAACACCCAUUACUUCCCUGCCUACAUUUCGAAGACGGACAGCCAUGUCUCGGCUCGGAUCGCGACUGCUACCAGAGUCUGUUGCUAGAAGCAUAUUGAAUAGUGGCGAGGAAACUGCGCAGGAGGGCGAGGCACUGCGAAAUGCGAUGGUCGAAGGUUCACGAACGUCCAUUUAUGAGAUGCCGCAUGGCGAAGCGAGCGGUCGGGUAUCCUUGACAGGCUCGAUUCGAAGACGAGGCGACAACCGUUCCCACCUCAGGCGCCGUGCUAUACGAGGACCAUACCCCCUUUCACAUGAAAGACAGGAAUCCUUCGAGAACGGGAGCUCAAGGGGUGAAUCUUUGGACCGUGUUCGAAGAUUAUCCCCGCCCGCCGUUGACUCUGUUCGACCGCGGAAUCGAUUCAGUCGAAUCCGGAGCUCCGUUUCUAUUUCCUCCAGGAUUUCUAGCAUGUUUGGCCACUCAACGGAUCAGUUCGAGACCACCCUAGCAGGACGAGAUAUUUCCCGCGGACCGAUCAGUGACUCUAUGACCAACGGAUCAAAUCACUCACUUCCCUCGUUGCAAUCCGUCGACCCUCGUCAUGACGGCGAGGAAGCUCCGCAUGAGCUGGAUGCAGUCGAGCCAGAGGCUCGUAACCUCCUGUCAGGAGGACGAGUUACUUCCGGGAUGAGCACUAUUAGGCGCUUUCAGCCAGGCUUGCGAUCACGAUCGACCCGACUCAUUCGUCGAGGUGAACACCCACCGUUGUCGCAGGUCCUUCAACUGGCAGCUGCCGCCAUUGCAGCCCAGCUUUCAGGUCAUGCUACCACUGGUCACCCCGGUGGACGCCAUACCGGGGGCGGUGAUACAUUUGACGGCAACAUACAAGAUUUUGUUCAGACACUGCAAGAUGCGGCAACAGCACAAUCAGGGGACAAUCUCGAUGGAAGUGCAGCCGACGGUGAACUACCACCGGUCAAUUUUAUGAGAGUAUUCCAGUUUCCCAAUGACGAGAACGGUUCCCCUAUCGCUUCCCAAGCACAAUCCAGAGAUGUUGAUCAGAUGGACCUGGAUUCGAUCCCAGGAGCGGGCGAGAAUGACCGGUCCGUGACGUUGGUCCUUGUUGGCGUCCGCUCGCUGCCUCAUGGGCGUGAUCACUCCGGUGGCGACAACGGCACCCUGGGCCCAAGCCUGGACACUCUCUUGAGCCUGCCAUUCCUACCGCCUACAAAUGUCCUUCGCAACGGCAGUUCUGGCGCACUGUUUCGUCGAUCAGAGGGAAGAGCACGAUCAAAUCCUCGAAGACAUUCCAUGACAAAUUUUAGCUUCCCUGCACAGCAUGAGACUCAACGACAUCAGCGGAGUAGGACGAAUGUGAAUCGAUCUUCGAAUCAUUCAGACCGAAAUGUGCCGACAACCCCUGAAGCGGGCGGUGCCUCACAUCUGAUAUCGGAAAGCCCACCAGGCCCUAAUCCUCCUCCAUCUACUCCAGCAGAUAUUAGGAGUGGUCAGGCAACACCCAUCCGUCGACCGUCUUCCGCUUCGGCUGUACAGAAUCCAGUUCUCCCGGAUCUUGCAGAAGACCGCCCCCAACAGGAGGACCCAGAGAGCUCCUCACACGAACCAGCUUUCAAUGCGGCUCGACAGCGAAGGCGGAGUGACUCGGAAUUCGCUCGUCGCCCAGAGCUGGGAUCCGGUUCAGCGAGACGAAACGGGGUGGUGGAGCCUGAUCAUCCUUCUUCAGGGGUCGCUCGCAGUUGGUUGAUUUAUGUUGUUGGCACGAAUGUUUCACCGGAUCAUCCAGCUUUCACCAUGCCCAGCUUGUUUACGGACAGCCCGUCGUACGAAGAUAUGCAGUUACUGUCUACCCUCCUUGGGCCAGUCAAGCCCCCUGUGGCGACACAGGAGGAUGUGAGCUCCGCCGGGGGCUUGUAUCGGUUGGUGGUCCAGAACGACAGCUUCGUUGGUGAAGCUAUCACUGAUGGUGAUGCAACUUCUAUCAUUGUCAACGCUGGGGAGCGUUGCCUCAUCUGCCUGUCCGACUAUGCAGAUUCAGAAGAACUGCGUCGGCUUGAUAAGUGCCAUCACUUAUACCAUCGCGACUGUAUCGAUGAGUGGCUCACGACUGGCCGUAACAGUUGUCCGAUGUGCCGGGGGCAGGGUGUGCCGGAGAAAGCGAGAGCUUCCAAUGUUCCUCCCAGUUCCCCCAUGCCGACCACGAUAUGAUACUGCAGCUUGGAUCGUUCACUCGAUCGAAAGAUGGUCUCUCAACUCAUGAUACCCGACGAACUACUUCCCAGCAUAUCCCGGAACGACUUUCGACACUUGCACGGUUGGGUAGCUGUGGCUCUGUUUCCAAUACGGCGCAUAAUUGAUUUGAGGCGUGCACCAAAGCGGGCAACGUCUCCUGAGUUGGGCUGUGAGCUGGGUCUCUGCCAACUGACUAUUGGAAGCUACGAAUGCAUCUGGAUGUCCCAGGUCAGACACGAAUUUGCUUGCGCGUUUACAUACCCCAGCAGUGUUGUGUUUAGAGUCAGAUUGUUUCGAGGUGGUCUCUUUUUUUGCACUUGGCUUGUAUGCUCUUCAUGACCUGCAAUGUACACCGACUCGGAUUGGUGCAAUGGCUGCCUGCUUUGAGACGCAAGGGGAUCCUUGUAAUAUGAAAGGCACCGUGCCACUGCAUGCUUUUGACUCCUCCAUAAUGCAUACCUUUACCCACUAGUAUUACUGCAUCACUGCUUCGAUCGAUCCGAAACUGGCGGCCCACAACGGCAGCCGCUGCUCCAACUUGAAGUGCAUUAGACCCUAUGUCAUGUGCCUACCGAAGGCGUUGUUGCUGUGCUGAACCAGCGGCCCACAGACCUCAGUUGUAGAGAGUGAUUUGAGGGACAGCGACCCUAUACAACCCCGGACAUGGUGCCACGUCAACGCAGCUCCAACUAUCCCGCACUUCCAGCGUACCUUACUAGUAGGCCGUGGUCAGGACUCUAAACUGCCUUCAAAAUCAGGCCAGUGAGUAGCAAUUCUGGGUACCAGGUACACAUGGCCUCAGAGACUGCUCGAAGAAUGCACAAGGAUUUCUUUCUCAACAAUGUUCCUAACUUGACCAGACCGUUCUGGCAAGUUCACUGAAUGAUCAUGGAAACGUGCCUCUCCGCGUCGUGAGGAAAUGGCCGAUAAGAGGAUCCAGAUGAUGGUGGAGUGCAGGGGCUUCCGCUCACGCUCUGUGCAACAUGAGGACUGUCACCGACCUGUGAGGUCGAGGACGGUAGAGGAGGGUGGGAAGGAUCACAGGCAAGCUGCAGGAGGACAAUUACUGGAGAGAAUACUGCUCAUCGAUCGCUGUCAAUGUCAUUCAUUAUUGUUCAUUAUUACCUGGGAUUAGGUGCUAGUACCACAGGACGAACAUGGUUGUUAUGCGGCAUGAAAUGUGUCCUACUGCCGCUGCCUGCGCCUUCACCUCGAAGUGGCGUCCAUCAUCCUGCACCUGUUCUCCCCUCCAAGUCACCAUCAGCGGACCCUCCCUUGUGCCUCCCUUCUACUACUGCUACUACUCGAAGCAACUUGAACGACGCUCUCCAGAGUUCUGAAUACCGUCCAUCAGGGGAAAUCACCCGUCUUUUCUCUAGGCGGACGAUAGCGCUUGACAAAAUCCAUAUCAUUCCAUCUAUUCAUAUCGUUGAAAAGCCACGCCCUCCCCUGUGGAACUGUGCCAAAUGAAGCGUGGGCCCUAUCUUUAGACACUGGCCUCAUUGCCGUCGGCCCAAACCGUCAUGCUCAUCUCAGGGCCGACACUAUUGCUAGGCUGGCUUCAAGUCUGAAAGCCACCAAGAACCUGCGAAAGAUUCUACGGGGCCAGCUAAAAGUGAUCCCCAUCCCACAACCCCAAGUGGGAGCUGUGUGAGAUGGGUGGUGGAAACAGCCCCUGGCCCCCUGCUGGCGAACUUCCGACUUUUGCAGCUCCCGUUGCUGCUGCGGCCCGUAUUGAAGCUAGAAACGGCCAACUCUAGAAUCCAAGCCGCAGGUUAUGUUUCGGGAUUAUCGGCAGGCAUGAGAACAACCACUGGCGUCAGGGAUUUUUGCAGCCUGAGAGAUAUGGGUCUACGUCCUCCCACAGCGCCAAUUCGAGUACCUUCCCUCUUGCAGUGGAAGUGGCCGCCCAUGUGGAUAUUCUUGUGGGCAGAAAAAGGAUCUACAACAUGGCUUGAGCCACAAAAGACUCUGAAAGUAAAAUUGGCUUUCGACGCUGUACGGUGCUGCUGCAACCCUUACUAUGCAGCCAGCACAAGGUGGGCUCGUUAUUCGUCCGCCCAUUGCAAUUGGCUUUAUUGGACCUCUCACGGCACAUCACUGAUCAUGUCGACGCCUAUAUGCACUAAAGUUAACCCUGGUCACAAUAGUUCAUCUUGAGCGCCGACCGAGCUUGACCAGCGAAACUCUCUUGUCCGUCGAAUCAGCGAAUGAGCAGGCGUGGACGAGCGGACAACGGCAAGAUUGGCUACAUAGAACCAUACACCCUCGCGCCAUCCCUAUCUCCGUUGGACAACGGGUAUGCAGCUCAAAUUUCACUCCCACUUUGCGUUCCGCGACCGCAGGACCUGUGCAGGCAACGAGCUUACCGGCAGAUCGUAUCACUCCGAUAAACAUGACAACCGGGCAUAUGCCACUCAGUUAUGAGCAAGAACCACGGAUGUACAUAAACCUAGGAGUUCUUGCACAUGAACGUUGCCCCCAACUUACAGCGGUAAGGUAGUAACUACAUACUUCCAAUGCUCGAGACACAAGCAUGUAUACUACAGCUUAUAGUCCUAGCAGGGAGUUGCUCUAGGAGCCACUAAUCAAGAAGGCUAACAUAUCCCAACCAUGCUGGUGGAC